UCGGAGAGGCCAAUAAAAUCGGCUCGCGGCUCGGUCUGCGCGUUUCAUAACUACACUGCGGGUCCACGGCGGCAACCAGUGCAGGUUCACCUCCGCUCAUCGGUUUACCUCUUUCACAAUGGCAGCUCCGAAGAAAGUCUGCAUCGUUGGCUCUGGAAAUUGGGGUUCCGCCAUUGCCAAGAUAGUGGGUGCCAAUGCUGCUCAGAAUUCAAAAUUUGACAACACCGUCAAAAUGUGGGUGUUUGAGGAGACGGUGAAUGGACGCAAACUGACGGAAAUAAUCAACACUGACCAUGAAAAUGUGAAGUACCUUCCUGGCCACAAGCUACCAGCAAAUGUGCUGGCUGUCCCAGACCUGGAGGAGGCAUCCAGUGAUGCAGACAUCUUGGUGUUUGUGAUCCCACACCAGUUUGUUGGGAAAGUGUGUGACAUCAUGAAGGGCAAGAUUAAGAGUGACGCACUGGGGAUAUCGCUCAUCAAGGGUGUAGACGAGGGGCCUGAUGGACUUAAACUCAUAUCUGAUGUGAUCCAGGAGAAGCUGGGUAUCAACAUGAGUGUGCUGAUGGGGGCCAACAUUGCCAAUGAGGUUGCUGAUGAGAAGUUUUGUGAGACCACCAUUGGAUGUAAGAAUAAAAACCACGGUGCUCUUCUAAAGGAACUCAUGCAGACCAACAACUUCCGAGUCACUGUAGUUGAGGAGUACGAUGUGGUGGAAAUCUGUGGAGCACUGAAGAACAUUGUUGCGGUCGGGGCAGGUUUCUGUGACGGCCUGGGCUUCGGGGACAACACGAAGGCAGCGGUGAUCAGACUGGGCCUCAUGGAGAUGAUUGCCUUUGCCCGCAUUUUCUGCACCGCCGGUCCCGUGUCUUCUGCAACCUUCCUGGAGAGCUGCGGUGUGGCCGACCUCAUCACUACUUGCUACGGCGGCCGCAACCGCAAAGUAGCUGAGGCUUUCGUGAAGACGGGGAAGUCCAUUGAGGAGCUGGAAAAAGAGAUGCUGAAUGGCCAGAAGCUGCAGGGGCCAGCGACGGCAGCUGAGGUCUAUUUCAUCCUCGAGCACAAAAACCUAAUUGACAAGUUCCCACUGUUCAAUGCAGUGUAUCAGAUCUGCUACCAGGGCCAUCCAGUCACAGAGUUCAUAGCCUGUUUGCAGAACCACCCAGAGCAUAUGUAAAAAGGAAAAAAAAA